GGGAAGAGCAAAACGAAAAAUAAAUAUGUAGUAGGCUUCCUAUCUCUCUCUCCCUGGAAGCUUUGAAUAUCUUUUUAUUUUUUUGUUUUUAGUUUUUUCUUCUAUCUCAAUUUUCCAUAUCUCCGGGGAGAGAAAUUUUCUGAAAUCGGAAAGCUCAGAGAAUUCGGCGAAGAAAACUUUUCUUUCCCGGAACAAAAAAAAAAAAAAAAGUAAAAAAAAAAAAAAAAAGCGGUUCGGCGACUCUCGUUUUCAGGUAACUCGUCUGCAUUGAUCGUUGGAUAUAUUUUGAAUGUAUGCAUGCACACAAUGUAUAUGCGUGUUUGGAAUUAGGGCUUGAUCGGACGUGAAUUGGUAGGUUAUUGUGAUUUGCAGGGAUAUUGUUGUGUAUAUUGCGUGUCUUCGUUGUGGAAAAGGGAGAUUUGACGUGUUAGUGGCGACGUAGGCGUGAGAUAUGUGUUGCGGUUGUGAUUGAAGAGGGAGGGAUCGAAGCUUGAUUGUAUAGGUUUUGUUGUUUUUUUGAUUGCGUUUUUGUUUUUAUUUUUGUUGAGCGAUCGAUUGAUUUGAUCGAGGCCGGAUGUGGCAUUAAUAAGACUAUGGCAUAUGAGAAUAUGCCGCUGUCGGCUAGCAUGGCGCAAUGUUGCGAUUGCGAGUGCAGCUGUACGGUGAUGGAUAGAUCCAUUUCCGGGAAGUGGCUCCGCUCUGUUAAGCGAAAGUAUGAUGAAUAUGAGGAUUCUGUGUUUUCUGUCCCGGGGUUAGUCAUGCCUCUGACGGCUCGGAUUGAGAUCGGUAACGAAUGUGCUGCUCUGCGUGAAAUGGUGAGCGGCCAGCAGAAGAGCAUUCAGGAUUUGAGUAUGGAGUUGGAUGCGGAGAGGAGUGCUUCAUCCUCUGCAGCCAAUGAGACCAUGCAAAUGAUCCUGAGGUUGGAAAGAGAAAAGGCCGAGAUUCAUAUGGAAUUCACGCAAUUCAAGAGAUUUAUUGAGGAGAAAUCGGCUCACGAUCAGCAAGAGGUGUUGUCCUUGGAGGAUCUGUUGUAUAAGAGGGACCAAGCGAUUCAAGCUUUGACAUGUGAGGUGCAAAUGUACAAGCACAGGAUGAUGAGUUUGGGGUUCACCGAGUCUGAGGUGGAGGUUGAGCUUGAGAAAGAGAGGGGUCGUUUGAGCUCGAAUAAUAGCUUCUCUGAGAAUUCAAAUGGACAAUCUGAUGUCCCUCAAUAUGAAUAUCCCCCACUAAAAUGCUUGAACGAGAAUCAAAUUUACCUUUUGGCUGAUAAGGAGGAUGUGGAUGUUGAGAAAUAUGCAUUUGGGGAGACCCCACGCACGCAUGACCAUUUCCUGGAUUUGGACAAUAGGAUCAACCAAUUGGAAAAAAGUCCUAAGAUCAGCCAGUUGGAAAGGAGCCCUAGGAUCAGUCAUCCUGAUGGUGAUUUCUAUAAGAACAAUGCGCUUGAAAAGGUGAUAGUUGGUCAUUCUCCAAGGCGACCAAUGCAUUUGAGGAAGUUUUCAACUGAUAGUGCAGGAUCUUUAAUUAUAACAAAUAAAGAAAUGAGUUAUGAUUUCGUAACAGAGUCUCCAAAGUUCGGUGGAAGUUUUAAGAAAGAAGGUUCUCUGAAAGACGAGCUUUCAAACUUGAGGAAAAUGGAUAACGCAUCAGAAGUUGAAGAUUGCAUGAGUGACAGAGUUUAUACAAUCGAUCCCAUUCAUCUAGGGGCACCUUAUAAUGGUAUGACAGAUCGUAAGGCAUCUGUUGGAAUCUGUGAGGAUUAUAUGACAACCCCACGGGAUUCAUUGAUUUAUACAAACACAGAAGACGUUGAUAUCAAGAAGCUGUAUGCAAGGCUUCAUGCGCUCGAGGCUGAUAGGGAGUCGAUGAGGCAGGCAUUAAUUUCGAUGAGCACUGAUAAAUCACAACUGGUAUUGCUGAAAGAGAUUGCCCAACAGUUGGCGAAAGACAUGUCACAACCAGAGAGGACAAUUGUGAGGAAGAAACGAUCCACCACUGGCAGCUUUUCAGUUGUGUCAAUAUUCAAGUGGAUGAUUUCCUUUGUGUCAUGGAGAAAGAAAUCACGCCGAUGCAAGUACAUGUUUGGAUUGUCGGGAAGCAGUGCAGGCUUGCUAGUGCUUUUCGACAAGGGACCUCGUGUAGGUCAAUGGGGGUGCAUUUCAAGCACACAGGUCUGAAAGACUGAAACCUGUUUCCAUAUCAAUGCAGAGAGUGGAGUUUUGUCUGACCUCUUACUCAUGGAAAUUUCAUUCAUUUUUUAAUUUUUUUUUCCUUGAUUCAAUGAUCCUGCAAAAUUGAGGCAAGGAGUCUUUCACUUAAAAAGUUUGAAUGAUAAAAUUUUGUUGACUGGGGAGUGAAAGGCUAGAUUCAGUAAUGCCACGUGGGAGCUUGUGCUUAUGUGGCUGUGUAAGUAUAUUAUUCUUAUAGUCUGAUUUUGUGUAUGGAUCAAAAUGUUUCUCUUCAUUGAAAUAAAAGAGAGCUACUUGUUUUUGUGACAGAGCAGUCUAGACGACGACCUACUUCUGUGGGACUGUGCGAAGAAUGAAUUUCAUCUUAUAUUUACAUUUAUUUACAAUACAAGAAAAAAAUAGUACUCGUCAUGUAAUUAAUAAUUUGUAUCAAGUUAACCCUCGCACUUUUCAUUUCGCUAAUUCAUAUUUAAAAUUACUCUGUAAUAGUCAGUUUAUAAGUAAUUAAUAAUAUACAUUUCGUGAAGAAA